AUGCUCGCAAGAAGAUUACAACGUUAUUUCAGGAAAUAUGAGUGCCGAAGAAUUUAAAGCACAAGGGAAUGCAGCAUUCUCCGCGAAAGAAUACGUGAAGGCUAUAGAACUAUUCACGAAAGCUAUCGAAGUAGAUCCUUCAAACCACGUACUUUACUCAAAUAGAUCAGCUUCUUAUGCGUCAUUGAAACAGUAUGACAAAGCUUUGGAAGACGCCAAUAGGACCAUUGAACUGAAAAAAGAUUGGCCAAAGGGGUAUAGCAGAAAAGGUGCAGCUCUCCACGGUCUCGGUAGACGUGAAGAAGCUCGUGCGACCUACCAAGAGGGUCUUAAAUGCGAUCCAAAUAAUGCUCAAUUAAAGAAGGCUCUUGAAGAGAUUGAAUCCGACAGUUUCGCGGCAAAGCUUUUCCCUGAUGAUGUGUUGGUCAAGAUUGCCUUAAAUCCAAAAUUAAGACCAUAUCUUGACCAGCCAGAUUUUGUUGAGAAGAUCAAAGCAAUACAAACUGAUCAGUCUCAAUUGAAUAUACACCUGCAGGAUCCUCGCAUAAAAGAAGUAUUCUUAUUUUUGUUGACAGGAAAUGUGAAUUUCGAAUCAAAGGACAGAGAUGUACCAGAGAGUGAGAUUAAAGCAGAAUCGACAAAACCUUCAGAACCAGAACCAGAACCUCAAAAUGUCUCUGAAUCAGAACCAAUAGAGAAAACUGAGGAAGAGCUCAAUAGAGAGGCCGCAACAAAUGAGAAAGAACUUGGUAAUGCGGCGUACAAAAAGCGUGAGUUUGAGAAAGCCCUAGAGCAUUAUGGUAAAGCUCAGGAAUUAGACCCAACAAACAUUACUAUUUUAACUAAUAAAGCUGCUGUAUUAUUCGAGCAAGAAAAAUAUGAAGAAUGCAUUAAAGUAUGUGAGGAGGCUAUUGACAUUGGCCGUGAAAAUCGUGCCGAUUAUAAAUUGAUCGCCAGAGCACUUGGGAGAAUUGGGAAUGCUUAUGUUAAACUCGGAAAACUUGACGAAGCUAUUAAGUUUUAUAAUAAAUCGUUGACAGAACAUCGUACUCCCGAUAUACUUAGCAGAUUGAAUGAGACUCAGAAAAUGAAAACAAAAUUAGAGAAAGAAGCAUAUCACAAUCCAGAGCUUUCAGAUCAGGCACGUGAAAAAGGAAACGAACUUUUCAAAAAAAGUGACUUUUCCGGUGCAGUACAGCAAUAUACCGAAGCAAUUAAACGUAAUGAAAAAGAUCCGAGAGCUUAUAGUAAUCGCGCCGCCUGCUAUACGAGGCUGAUGGCCUUUCAAGAGGCACUGAAAGAUUGCGAAACUUGCAUUGGCCUGGAUCCUACUUUCGUCAAGGCUUAUAUUCGCAAGGCGGCGGUGGAAUUGUUAAAGAAAGAAUACUCAAAAUGCCUAGAAACAUGCGAAACGGCAUUAAAGCAUGAUACAGAUGGCAAGCAUGCCGCAGAAAUUAAUUCACAGAUUAUGAAAUGUCGUACAGAAAUGUACCAAAACGAUUCGCAAGAAAGUGUGGAAGAGGCACUUCGUAAGGAUCCGGAGAUUAUGAAAAUUCUUCAGGAUCCUGUAAUGCAACAAAUUUUACAACAAAUUCAGGAAGAUCCAAGGGCUCUCAGAGAUCACCUUAAAAAUCCAGUUGUCGCAGCAAAUAUUCAGAAGUUGGUCAACGCCGGUGUAUUAAGGACUGCAUAA